AUGGCCAUGACUUGGAAGCUCUUGAAGCAACUCCGAGCACCGUACACCGCUUUUCUCAAUGGGCCUCCGCUGCCUCCUCCUUCUGGAGAGCCUCCUCUGAUUCAACUGCUGCAAAACCCUCCUUCUCCGUCUCUGUCGUCGCUGAACCAGGCAGAGCUUGCUAAGUUUGCCACCAUUUCCGGAACCUGGUGGGAUUUGGAAGGACCAUUCAAACCGUUGCAUGCAAUGAAUCCUACAAGGCUUGCCUUCAUUCGCUCAACGCUGUGCCGUCAUUUCAGGAGGGACCCGUUAUCUGCUAGGCCCUUUGAAGGGCUCAGAUUUAUUGAUGUUGGCUGUGGAGGUGGGAUUCUUUCUGAGCCUUUAGCUCGGAUGGGAGCUAUUGUAACAGGAGUUGAUGCUGUUGAGAAAAACAUCAAGAUAGCUCGCCUUCACGCAGACUUGGAUCCAGUGACCUUAAAAAUUGAAUAUCAAUGCACUACAGCUGAAAAGCUAGUCGAGGAGCAAAAGAGUUUUGAUGCUGUGUUUGCUUUAGAGGUGAUUGAGCAUGUGGAAAAUCCUGCUGAUUUCUGUAAAUCUCUGUCAGCCUUAACUGUUCCCAGUGGAGCUACUGUGAUUUCAACCAUUAACCGUUCUAUGAGAGCAUAUGCCACUGCCAUAAUUGCAGCCGAGUAUCUGCUCCACUGGCUUCCUAAAGGUACACAUCAAUGGUCAACUUUUCUUACUCCUGAAGAACUAAUCCUGAUCCUGGAGCGUGCUUCUAUUUCAGUCCAAGAGAUGGCUGGGUUUGCAUACAACCCUUUGACAGGAAGAUGGUCAAUAUCUGAUGAUGUUAGUGUAAAUUUCAUCGCUUAUGGUACUAAAACCAAAGCAGGCAAUUUAGAAAUAUAAGGAAACUUUGUCCUUGUUGUCGGUUUUGUUUGUUGAAGGAACAUUCUUUUAUACCUGUAAAUUUCAUCGCUUAUGGUACUAAAACCAAAACAGGCAAUUUAUAAAUGUAAGGAAACUUUGUCCUUGUUGUCGGUUUUGUUUGUUGAAUGAACAUUCUUUUAUACCUGUAUUGUCCAUCCUGUUUAUCCACCUUAUAAACCAAAUCCUCGACUUGCUUGUGUACUGGACAUUUCUAUACAUACUCUAUGCAGAGCAUGAGAUGAAUUGCUCAGCAGCUGCUUGGCAUCUGGCGUCAAGUGGCGUGGAUGUGUCCACUGCCCUUGCUGGAGCUGUUGGAGCUCUAUAUGGUCCACUUCAUGGCGGACCAAAUGAGGUGAGUGCUUGUAUGUUUCAUUUUCAUAAGCAAUGUUUACUUGCUUCAGAACAGAUAUGCUAAGUUGAAGUCCAUUAUGCACAGCAUUGGGAGAUUGGAAUUUACAGCCUGUGUUUAAGGUGCCAACUGAAAUCGAAUCUGUUGAGAACAUUCCAGAGUUCAUUAAGGGUGUGAAGAGCAGGAAGCAAAAGAUGUCAGGUUUUGGCCAUCGCAUGUACAAGAACUAUGAUCCUAGAGCAAAGGUCAUAUACUGGCAGAUGAAGUAUUUUCCAUUGUUAAAAGGGAUCCACUGAUUGGGGUAGCUGUUGCUUUGAAGAAAGCUCAGUAUCUGACGAGUAUUUUGUUAAGAGAAAGCAGGUAUUUUGACGGUUUUAUUCCCGAUGCUUUUGAAUCAGCUCUGCCAUGUGACUCCUGGCCUCGGCAUCUACAUGGUUGGCGAGCAGUUGUACAACUGCGUCAUCUCUCCUCACUCCUUUUCUCACUGAAUUAAUUUCAGAUUGGCUGCUCAGCAAGAGGAACGAAGUCUGGAGUUUGUCAUCUUUCAGUUCCCCCUUUCUUGUUCGUAUUUCAAUAAAAAGUAUUCAUUAACUAGAGCCUUAUUUGAAGGCUGUGAAAUUUAUUAUCUAGAGGUUUGUCAUGUUGCUACUCUACCCCUGAAUGGCUACACGUUCGACUGUUGCAUAAGUUGAGGUAUGUGUAUUUUGGCUUCUGUUUUUCCUCUGA